AUGACGCCAGUGCUCUUCGUCCUUGCUUCUGCCCACUUCGCUUGGCCGAGCGCCGCGAGCGCCGGGGAGGACUCAACCUGCGCUCUGCAGAAGCGGUGGCUGCAGGCAGACGUGGAGCAGCCCGGUUCCCUGGCCCCUCUUGGAACGCCUGUGGAGCUAGCUCGGCCUGCAGGGCCGGCCUUUGAGGCUGGAGGUGGUGCAGCCUGGUCCACGCCGGGCGUGCGGUUCCAGCAAUGCGCCCGCCCUGCGCCCCAGAAGCUCAUGGCAUCGUCCAUACUUCAGGGUGCCAAGCAGACUCAAGCCAGGGAGGAGAAACCUUUGCCCAACCGGGUCAGCUGUCCACCGGGCCAGAUGCCUAUUGGCAAUUUCGCUGGUGAUGCCUACGACUUCACGUGCUGCGAUGCUGCCGAGCAGUGCGGGGGGUGUCGCAAAAUUAAGGAUGGUCUUUGCCAGGAGUGUGCUGCCGGUUACGUCCACCAGAAGAUCCCGAUCUUGAACAUCACCAAGUGCUUCCUGUGCGAGAGCAUUCCUGAUUGGCAAGACUCCAAGGGCCUCACCUGCCAGGACUACGAGUCCAAGGGUUACUGCCGCUUCGUGGGGGAUUCAGUGGAGGAUGGCCAUGACCAGGCCUUUCACGGCCUUCGGCCCAGCGAAGCCUGCUGUGCCUGCGGUGGCGGCAGCGUGCAGCCCACGCCGAGCUCCAUGAGCUUGGCACGGAGGGCCUUGGUGAACGGUGACCCCAUCAACGACUUCCCGGAGCCCCAACCUUUGGGCACGGAGGUCAGUGGUUGCGACCUGGCGACGUGGCAGCUCCAACUCGAAGGAUCUGGGAGGAUCCAUGGCAACGUUGAAGCCAGUGGAGGAAAGUCCCAAGCCACGGAGAUCAAGUGCUCCCUCGUGCUCAUGGAGGAUCCCAUGCGCGGGCUCUUUACCACCGUGGAUCUGCAGGUUCCCGUGGGUGUGAUGUCCUAUGGAGAUCAGGUUUUGGUCUUCAAGUACUGGGGCCUGGAACCGGAGCCGGCGAACAAAGCGUUCCCUGUCCACGUGAUGAAACUGCCUUCUGGCCACACGAUGGAGAAGUUUCAGCUGCACUGCAACUGCCCGUGGCUCCGUCUGCUCCCAAGUGGUGAGCUGAUGGCUGGGCCUCUGCCGGCUUCCAUGGAGGUCCAGGGCCCUUCUUUGGCCGGCGAGGGUGGGAUGCCCUCCUGCAGCUGCGAGGUCUCGGCUGAGCAGGUCCACUGGCAACGCGAAGGGAGGCACAGGUGGCAACAGGUCGUCAGCGAGGAAACGACCAGCUUCAAUGUGAUACAGGCACGGCUCUGGAAGGCCGGCGCCUACAAGGUUCCGGUGCUUCAUGGUCGCAAUGGGGUGGCCUUGGAGAUCUCACCCCUGCAGGAGCACAUCCCAGGCUUCCGGUGGUUCGAGGACGAGGAGGAGUCCCUGAAGCUUCCGGUCCUUGAGAACAUCUCCUCCGGUGCGCGCUUCGUGGCAUCGCCUGCUCUGGCCCCUGAGGUUUUGGACGUGCUGUGCCGCGAUGGUAGCAAUGCCACCUACGCUUGGUCACGGUUCACGGGCGACAUCACCCGCAACGGCAAGGUGGCCUUCAACCUGGACCCUUCCUCGGGCGUCGCCUCUGGUACUCCUGGCUUGGACCUGUCUGCCGAGGGCCGUGGGAGGCUACAGAUCAACUGCAGCGUGGCACUCGGCGGCCAGCUCUACGACAAGGUGCUGCCGGUGGCACAGCUCACGGUGGACGUGGUGGACGACAUGAUGGUUCGGCUGGAAGAAGCUGCCGUCACAAAGCGCCUGUUGGGCGCUCAGCUCGAAUCAGGCCUCGCCCUGUGCCGCAAGAGGGCGGAUUGUGCGGCGGUCCAUGUCGAGGAGGACGGCACGUGCCUUGCUGUGGUCAGCGAUGGCGAGAAGCAGGAGUUUGCCGGCGAGGUGCUGAUGCGCCUGGAGAACUGUUCCGAGGAAGACACGGAGCUAAACCUCACGGUCGAAGGUGCGUGGUAUGUACAGGGGGGUUACUCCCCGUCGAACGUCUUCAAGGAUCAGGUCUCAUACUCACACGCAGGGACCACGCCAGAGCUGCAAAUCCACUUGGUGCUCCGCGAGUUUGCCGAGAUGCAGAUUCCAAAGGCCUGUGAGAAUGCAUCCUGGCUCCUGGUGCACACGAACACUUCGGACUUCCAGAACGGCACGGUGGAUGCCCCGGAGUUCUUCGGCGCCGCCAUGGCCUGCACUGGCAAGGACGUCGUGACCAAAGCCUUUGCCAAUGGCUACGAGAACUUCCACCUCGAGUUUCUUCCCGCGGAGCUCAACGACAGUGUGGUCUUGGAGUGGCCCAAGGCCAAGCAGCCGGCUGAGCUGAAGCCCACGGUUCCCGCUUGCGAGCAGCCUGACCUGACGGACUUCGUCUUCGGUACUUUGGAGGACCCUGAGCACUUCUCCCUGCACCCGUGCGAGUGCUUCGGCGAAGCGCACGCUUCAGCGCCACCAGUGGUCGAGUCUUCCAACGUUCAGGUGCCCCGUGGCCCCACGACGUUCAACAAGGGCGCGGUCAAGGAUCAGCUGAUCUUCUCAGGCCCUUACACCUGCGAGGACACGGCGCUUCUGUCGCAGUCGGUUGGCGUCACGCAGCCAAAUUGCGCAGCCCAGUGCCGCGCCAAUGCCAGUUGUGCCUUCUACCAGUUCGCAACGGUUGCCGAGACCUGCACGCUCUUUGCGCGGUGUGAUGCCAUCCAGCAAAUCGACGUGCAGCUGGUCAACAAGCUUUACGGGAUCCCACCCGAAGGUGACUUCUGCCUGAUCGCCAACCCGGAGCAGUGCUGGCAGGAGAUCAGGCGCCGGAGCUACCUGAGCCUCACGCCUUCCGACGUGCCCCGCUGCCUCUUCCAGGACCAGUAUGACGCUUGCGAUGCGCUGCAGCAGAUCGAGGGCGUUCAGGCUGGCCAGUGCCCGCGGUGCCAAUACAUCAAUGCAUCCAGCGAGUACGCGGCGAAGGGCAUGAAGAAGGUGCCUUUGCCCACAGAGUUCCCGGCGGCCUCGCAAAUCUCCGUCAGCUGCAACUACACUUCCCGCAUGUUCUCCAGGAUCGAGGACAGCCUCAAGUGGGAGGGCCCACGUCCUGCAUCGACCUUCACUUGCGUCAGCGGCCAGUGGGUGGGGGAGUUGGGGCCCUGGCAGCACCUGGGCAACCUCAGUUGCCAGGAGUGCAUCCAGGUCGGAACGCCCAGCCUUGGCAACCUCUCCAGCUUCAACCUCCCGGAGGUGUACUUUCUGGAGCACCGGCUGAUCCAGGUGACCCAGGCCAGCUCCUCUGGCCGCGGGUGUCCGACUGCAAGCUGGCAAACAAGGUCGUCCCUAGUGCUGGCGCUGCAGGGCAAGAACGGCCAGGAGCGCCAAGUCCUUCACGCCUGCGGAUCGAAGCAAGUCGUCCUCAAAACGAGUUGCAACGCUGACGAGGAGACCUUGUUCUGGCAGGACACUGGGAUGCUCGACUUUGGAGGGUACUAA